AUGUCGUUACGAUUGCCAGAUGAUCCUCAAAAGUACACAUCUAGACGUUCUACAUCUUCUUUGACUAAUUCUUCUCAAAAAGCGCCGGUUGUCAAUGUUUUUGUUAUUGAAAUUGGCGAAAGGUUAACUCGGUAAGUAAGAUAUACCAUUAAUACAGUUUUAUAUAUUAUAUCUGUGAUAAUUUGAAUUGGGCUGAUUUUGUUAUUCUAAAAUUUUUUUAACUAUUCAUUUUAGGUAUCUUUCAUUAAUGACUUUUUUCAGAGUUGGAUUUGCUGGUGAACUACACCCUCGAGAAAUCUUCAGAACCGAGUACAUAGACUCCUUAAGGCCUUUCCAAAAAUGUCAAAUUGCUCAGAAAAACAAAGAUCAAGCUUCACAAGACAAAAUACUUGCGGGGUUCUUGAAGAACAUUAUGUUUAGGUAACAAAUCUUUUUCUUAUUAAUAUUAAAUUUUAGAAAACUAUUCAAAAGUGUGAACAACUUGAAUGUGGUGAUAUUGGAGAACUUGUUCUUGCCUUACGAGUACCGAGACACUUUUGGUCGUGUUUUAUUUGAGAAUCCUUCUUUCGGUGUUUCUGGAGUAGCCUUUGUACCUUCUCCUUUAAUGCAAACAAUCGCUUUCAACGUCAAGUCAGCGUUGAUUGUUGAUCUUGGAGUUAAAGAAGCUGUGGUUACACCUGUUUAUGAGCAUGUUGUAAUGGCGGUCAAUUCUAAUACAACUACUUUGUCAACAUUUGCUGUAGAAAGAGAUAUCAGAGACUUGGUCAAGAAGUUGGGGAAGGUGAGAAAGUCUGAUGGGGAAGAACGAGGGCUGACUGAAGAGGACAUGAAGAUGUUCGAUGAUAAUAAUAUGGCAGAAGACAUCUUGUUUAGAUUCUGUUUUGUGGCAAAGAGAGAACGAGGGUUACAACUACAGAAUGAAGGUAACAUAUUAUUUUUUUCACGAUAUUUCAGAUAGACAACUUAUUUUUAAUUAUAUAUUUUAGAAGUUGAAAGUGAUUUAUACCCUCCAGAUGUGCUUUUAUCCUUCGGAUGUGAUAAAUUACUUGUGCCAGGUUUAAUACGGUAUGGUUUUUAUAUGUUGUUAAAUUUUAAAAUGAACGAUUUUUUAUUAAAUAAUAAUUUAAUUUGCUUGUUUUAGUGAAAAAGCGACAGAAGUAUUGUUUUCGAAUUCAGAAAAGGAGUUUUCCUUACAAGAAACUAUUGCGGAAUGUAUUCGUGGAUUAAACAUAGAUCUGAAGAGGUCAUUGUUAAGUGGGAUACUAGUUGUUGGAGGUCUAGCUAACACUCGUGGGAUGUUGUACAGAUUAAAAGAGGAGAUUGCUGAUAUUAUUCAGAAAGAUGAGUGUUUAAAGACGUUAGGGGAAGCAGGUUUCUAUCAGCAAAAGGAUCAGCCCAACUACAGUUUGUAUUCUGCUUGGGUGGGAGGUGAGUUACAUUUCGGGUUUAUAACACUUUUGUCCUUUGUACUGCUGAUAUGUAUUGUAAAUUACUUGUUUUAUGUUUUUUUUACUUUUAAGACCAAUUGAACUUAAACUUGUCUAUUUCAUUGUUUUUUAGCUAGUUUAUUUGGCUCAGCAGAUGCUAUAACAUCGAGAAUGACAACAAAAGCAGAUUGGGAGAAGAACCGACACGUACCAGACUGGACUAAUAUCAGUGCAUUGGAAGAACCAGCUUCAGAAGUCAAGUGUAAGGUCUCUGAAGUUACAGUAGACUUACCUUGGGAACAGUUGAAGGUCGAGGCUUGA